CGCAUUAUUCUCUCAAUUACAGAAGCGAGCAAGCGUUCUUCAGUUCCAUCCAUGAUCUCACUGCGGCAAACCACGCCCCUGUUGCUCAUAAGCAUUACAUGAACUGCGGUAUACCCUUGGACAGCAUCAGCAGCGCGAAUCCCUCCACUAUCGAUCCCACUUCCACGAUCUCUCAUCCUCUCGAUCAGCAUAACGCUGUUUCGAGCGCGCAGCCAGGCUUCCCGACACCAUCCUUCGAUGAAUGCUUAAUGGCUUAUCAUGGCCAGCCUGAAAUCUCCCUGCCGCCUGGAGACUUACAGGAAGCCAUGGACCCUAUCUGGUCUUCGCACUCUACGCCCAUUGAUCCAUACCUUCGUGCUUCCCCACUGCAAUCUGUGAAUCACCCAAGCACACCGUCCUACUUGUACCCCACCAUGUUCCCCGGUGCUAUGUCCUCAAUGUCGUCUCUCGACCUCCAGCCGACAUCCCCGCUCACCGUCGGACCGUACCAGAGCACCAAACAGCGUGCGCUUCAGCCGCAGCACACAGAGCUCUACCAUGCCGGAAGUACCCCACGUUAUCCGUCGCGCUACGGCCAGCAGCGUGUGUUCGCUGCAUCCGGCACUAUCCCUUCUAGCACGCUGCCGUAUCUGUCUGAUCAUUCGCCUACUUGCCAUGCCGGAGCUGGACGCACUGCGGACCUCGAUCCAAUACCCGCUGGCCACAGCUUCGAUGUUCAUUCCCCUUCCCUAUUCGCCCACAGCCCGUCCUUCACCCGCUCCUCUAACGCCGGACCACCUUCUGGCCCUCCACCUCCACCUAUCCAGCGGAC